UCCAACAACAUUCAUGUUGUUGUCUAUGGCUGUAUUUGAAUCAGAAUCAGACGACGAAAGAAAUGGAAUCCGGCGAUAUAACUGAUUCUUUAAAAUCCAUCAUUAUUAAUUUGACUGAUAAACCAGAAGAUGAGAGUAUUGCACAAGAAUGUUUUCGUUUUCUGAUUCAGUUCAACAAAAAUCUUGAGGAGGAUGAGAUAAGCCAAAUAUCAUUGGAUAACUACUUACUUUUCAUAUUCAAUAAGGAAUAUGGCAUAAGUCGAUUUUUGAGAAUUGUACUUCCCAAAAAUACAUUCAGUAAAGCAAAGCUACAGUGCUUGAAAUUAUAUUAUUUAUUGGUUAACAAUUUCUCAAUGAAAAUGGAAAAAUAUUUCCCAGAAAUGAAUGAAGAGUGUCUCAUGAUAUUGAAAAAUUAUUGUACCACCUCAGAUGAAAAAGUUAAAGCUUUAACACUGUUAUAUAUAAUGUUGGAAAAAAUUAAUAUUAAUUUCAAAUUCACUAAUGACUAUUUAAGUCUCUAUAAGACGCUUCAUCAUUGUCGGGAUUUGAAGUUUGGUGAAUCUAUCUCUGAGAAGAUUUACGAGUGUUUGGGCUUGUAUGUUGAACGGCUAGAUUAUACUCUGAAGCCAGAAGAUGCCAGAAAUUUACUAAAUCAUAUAUUAUUUAAAAUUAAAGAAGAAAUGUCGAGUAUUUCUUAUUCCAAGAAAUUAGUGGCUGGACUUUUCACAAGCUUAAAACAUAUCCAGACUAGAGUUUCUUUUGAUCAUAUAGAUAAGAGACAUAUUGAUGAAUUAUAUGUUAUUAUAAAAAAAUUAUCAAAAGAUGCUUUUCACAAUAAAAUAAAAAUAACUUGCAGAGCUGCUUUGCUAUUUCUACAGAGGAAUGUAUCCCUAUUUAAUGAUAAAUUAUUCUUGGAUCACAAAUUUUGGCAUGAUACACUUCUAAAAUGGAUACAUACCUUGGGAGCUGAGGAAAAGAAAAUAGCCAGCCAAGUAAUUCUUUGUAUAUAUAUUUGUGUAUCUGGGCAAUUGAUGAGAGAAAAGAAACAAGAACACACAGUUAUAUUAAAGAAUUAUCUUGGUGGAUUUCGUCAGAUGUUGGAUAAAGAGACAAGCAGUACUCUAGAGAAACAAACAUGCAUACAUGGAAUCAGAAUAUUUUUCAAAUCUGCUUCCUCUUUACUGAGCGCCACAGACAUUUCUAAUUUUUCUUUGAAACUUCUGCAUGCUUUUAGGAUCACUUACGUUGUAGAUCAGGAAAAUUUCACAUCAGACGAGUGGUCCCUGCUUCCUGAUUAUAUACCAAUGAUUACCAGUGUCAUAAUUGUGAAAGGAAUAGACAAAGAAGGACUUUUAUUGCUGAAACAAAGUCUCAUAUUGUUGCUAAAGCAUUAUUCCUGUAUUCCCAUUCUGAACAGAAUCAAGGUUAAUGAAGCCUUUUUAGUAACACUCCAGAUGGUUAUGUCUUAUGACUUUUUUGAUUCUUUUCUGGGCGAUUUGAUUUAUCAUGGUGUAAUAUGGAGUUGUUCCCACCAGCAUAUAGCAGAACUUGAUAAGGACACUCAGGAGAUAGUAACAGUAUUAAAUUACUUUCCUUUCUGGAAAGACAUACUAAAUUCAGAUCUGAAAAAUAACAGUGAAGACAACAAAAUGAAUAUCGAAGAAAGAAGAUUGAUGACUGCACUGAUAGUGAAAAACUUGAUUGCCACCUUAUUCAUUUGCAUUAAUAAGUUGGACAUCACAAUAACAUACAAACAGUGUUACUCAACUUGCAUGAAGCAGUCAGUUGAGAUGAACAAGAAGAAUGAUUAUGUGAUAUUUUUGAAUAUUGUCGAUUUUUAUGAACAAGUAUUCCUUUUUAUAAAACCUCAAUUUCUUCAUAAAUAUAUCGGAAGGUUACUAAAUUUUUUCAUGGGACAUUCCCUUGAAUACCCAUUGAUCAGCGGGUUUUAUAGAUUACUAGCAAUUUGUCUAAGGAUUGCCUCUGAAUUGAGCUAUUUCAAUCAGACUGGAAAUGGAGAAUUUUUUGAGGGCUUAUCAAUAUAUAUGCAAUAUUUCUUGGCCACCAUAGGCCAGUAUGAAGGUGAAUUACUGAUAUCUUGCUUGAAAGUUUUACUAGAAUGUCCUGCGAAUUUAAUUGAAGAAAUGCUACCUGCCUGCAUUCCCGCUUUCAUAACGAUCUUCUCGAUUGGCAGACACUAUUUACCAGUAGCUGACCUUGGGAUUCAAACCUUAGAGAACUGGCAAAAGAGUAUAAAGCAAGAUCUUUUGGAAGAUUUUGUUGGAAAAAUAGUGGACAAACUCGGUCCCUUUUUGAGAAGUAAAUCGCUGGCAUAUUUGGCACCAGAAAUAAGAAAACCCAUUAAAUACAACAGAGCGUUGAGAAAAAGAAAAAUGGUAUUUGAAAUUGAACCAGAGCUAAUAAAACUGCAGAGGAAGAUGGUGAGAUUCUUGGGAAGACAAACCACUUCAGUUUGUGAGAAAUUAUUGGAUGGUCAAAGAAUAGUGACUGACGUGUGGAGCGACGCCCAGCAUUUGAAAUUUACUCUGUCUUUUCCUGAUAUGAAACUGGAUAUUUUCUUAGAUCAAAUGAUUCCACCGGUUGUAGAACUGGCACUUUAUUGUACAGAUCGAAAGACAAGAGUGAUAGCAUGCGAAUUAUUGCAGGGAUUGGUGAUUCUGUUUCUCGGAAUUUCUAAACAAAUCACCGACAAGGAGGAAAGGGAAUUGGGAGGUGUGAUGAAAAAAUCCACUUCAGCGAUAUUGGAACUUGGCUGUGAUCCCGAUGAAGUAGUCAGGGGUUUAUUUGAACCGCUUAUUUUGCAGAUGAUCCAUUGGUAUUCCACCCCUUACAAGUCUGCAAAAUAUCAUACAGCAAUUAUUUUAGAAGCUCUUACUGAAGGAGUAUGUUGUACUACAAAUCCAAAUGUUAGGUCCUUUUCUGGUAAAUGCAUAGGGGAAUUUGUUAAAUGGACCAUAAAGCAAUCUACAGAAGCAUCCUUACAACAAAAUCCCUUAAACGUCAAAAUCUUGAUUAGGAAAAUGAGGUUUCUUAGCACCCAUCCAGAACAAUUCAAGAAAUUAGGUGCCGCAAUAAUGUUCAACAACUUUUACAUUUUUCUCAGAGAGGAGAAAAGUCUUCUGAAUAUAUUUUGGAUUGAAAUUUUUGAAAUAUUCAUUUCUUCGUUACAUUUUAUUGAAAAUAAUUUCGAAAACAGGCUCAUUAUUUCAGAAGUUAACAUAGCUUUGAAACACUUACAGAGGGGUUUUGUGGAAAAAGCAUGUCUCUUUAGAACAAAAGAUGAAAAACGUAGAAAACCACAUGGAUUCGAAGGCACAACUUGUAUCGACAUAAUGAAAUUUCUACUCGGAAAUGUAAGGUCCAGAAACUCUUUAUGCAGAGAAAAAAGUGCCGAAUUAUUUUCCUCCCUUUUACCCUAUUUUUCCUCUAUGGAAUAUUUUCAUAAUAUACAAAACGAUCCUUCGUACUGGUUGAAAACUACCAGUGAAAUAAGCACUAACAUUGAGUUAACGGAGUUAAAUAAAAUAACAGACUUAUUUCAAUGGAUGUCUGAAUUACAAAGAGGACUGGACGGAUUGAUAUUUUUCUUAGAAAACGCAAAGGUGAUAAAUCAAAACCUGAAUGAUGCUGAUGUUGUUCAAAGUAUAUGUUACUACUUAAAAUUUGUGGCAACAAGAAGCAUUGAAGAAAUUAUUGAAUCUGCCAAUGAAAAACAAAUGGUAAUAAGUGUAAUCGACAAAAGGACUUUUAAAAAUGAAAAAAAAUUGAUCGAUAGGAAAUUCUUAAUUUUUUCACAUCGUGUUCUGAAUAAAAAUUGCGAAAUUGAACAUUUGUGGAAUAGAGAGCUGUGGUCCUUCAUAGUACAUUUGUUGUUUGAUCUAAGAGAUGAUGUGCUAGAAGAAGAUAAUAACAAGAAACAGUUGGAGUGUUUUUUGAAAUGUGCAAUCCAUAAGCUUCCAGAAGAAAAGCGUGAGGAAUUGAAAGAGCAUUUGAUAUUUCACAUAAAGAAUAAUUUUUCUGAUGAUUUAGAAUUGAACUCCCCCAUCAGUGUCAAGCAGAAAAAGAUCAUUUAUGGGAUGAUUAUUUUAAAGAACUGCGGCUAUGAUGAAAUUUAUAAUUUCAGUUCCUUAUAUCCGCAAAUUUUGCAAAAGUUUAUCAGGAAGUGCCUCCUCAAGAGUUGCAAGAAUGAAAUGCUCUACUUGAACGAAGAAGAAUUGUAUUAUUACAACAUGGUUUGGAAAUUUAGCUUACAGAAUGAGUUCAAAGAAUUUGUGUAUUAUUUAUUCCAUACAGAUAAAGUGGAAGAUCAAGAAGAAAGGGGAAAAGUAUCCAUUGGUUCAUUCCUUCUAAACAAUUUCGAGGAUGUUAUAAUUCCAAAAUUAAUAGAAAAUUUUGAUCAAUUUUUGAAGUUGUCUACUAGCAGUGAGGAAUUUACUUCUGAUUGCAUUCUGUAUAUAAAAAGGAUAUUGAUGUACAUUUCCCGAUUCAAAGGAAACAUUUCCUGGCCUGCUGCAGUUUCGAAAAAAAUUGAAGACAACUGGAAAUAUUUAAGAAAUUUCUUGAGCAGAGAUUUUUCUAGCCUGCUGGAAGGCUUAGAACUGAUCGAGUCGUUGAAUUCUAUAGGGAAAUCAAAUUUCCUUACUUCUUCUUCCAUUUUGAUAAUAUUAGAGAACAAUGAAUUUAUAUCUUUUCAAAAUCCUUUUCAGCCAAAAUUGCAAGUUUUAGAAUUUCUUUUCAAACAUUUAGAUUCAACUACUGAGGAGAAAUAUUCUGCAACUUUAAGAGCUGUAAUAAAUCAAAUCGUAACAGAGAUUUCUCAAGAAAAAGACAGAAAUGCACAAAAUUUAUGUUUAAUAAAAAUCAGCAAAUUGUAUCAAACGCUUGGAGAAAGCAGGUCCAUAUUAUUAUUUGAACUUGUUAUCAACCUCUUCUUGAAGUUUACUGAUUUUGGACAAUACGUCAAAGAUGUAAUCAUUCUAAAAACAUAUGUAAAGAGGCUCUCAGAAAAAGAUCAGCUGGAAAUUAUGACAACGCUAGUGAAUGAAUUGAAGAAUCCGACAUAUUCAACAGAUUUAAAAAUGAAGCUAGGGAAAGAUAUUUUGGUAACAGUGUUUCAGAAUACUUCUCUAGAAGCAUUUCAACUUUAUUUCUUGGAUAACAUAGAAUCGAUUUUGAAGGAAUUGAAAAAUCAAUUAUCCGAAGAUAAUCUUGCUAUCAAGAUAAUCAACUUUGUACUAGUGGAAAUUCUAUUUGCAAGAGUCUCUAUUGGAAAAGACAACGAAAUAAACCAACAGUUGCAGAUGGCUGCCUUACCUGGAAAUACUUCAGACUAUAAAGAACUAAUGCGAAGUUUCUUGAAGUGCACAUUAAGCACUUUUCGAGAAAAUAUUAGUGUUACAACAAAAAACGAAGAAUUGCUACGAAUUUGCCGUUGUCACUGUUAUAAUACAUUGGUAUCUAUUGCGGUGAAUAGCUUGAAUGACCCCAAUUUCCAUGUGAAAUUAUUCACAAGAAUCGAGGGAAAGGAGGAUAUUUUGUGGAGAAACCUGGUGGAUCUGAAGAAAUCUUAUGGAUUUGAGAAAGAUUUCAACAGUCUUCCUCAGAAAAAGAAAGUGUUUGUUAACAUAAAAAAAGCAUCACUGGGAGAGCCAUCUUCUAUUGAUAUCCAAACAAAGAUAUUGAGAUCCCAAAGGAUAUUCAAUAGUUCACUGGGUGAAGAUAUCACCAAACAUGACUUGAACAAUGUUGCUCUUAGAACAGAACCUUCUUCAGAAAUCAAGGGUGGAAUUGCAGAAAUCGAAAUGGAUUUCAUCCAAGUUAACGAUCAUGAGUGUAUGGCUACAAUUUGCGCACUUAUCAAUCAUUUGGCAGAAACAAGUUUCUUCAAUAUCGAAAAUGAGCCUCCUGAACUUCCACUUUGCCUUAAAGGAUUAAGGAAUGUACUUCUUCAUGAGACUACCCCAGUGAAUGUUAGAAUAUUCUUGGUUAAAAUAAUUGAAAACACUUCCCACAUUUUCAGUAAUUAUUCAAAGUGGUUUCUCACACCAAUAAUGAAGUUUAUUGUUGAUAAAUGUGCCGGAGAUGAAAUGAAUUUUUUCAUAACAGAUUUGGUGGUAAUGUUGGCGAAUUGGUCUGAAAAAUCCCAACCUCAGGAUGAUUUGGAGCAAGAUCUAGCAAUGAAAGUAAUAGAAUUCUUAUUUGAUAAAUUAUCUACCGAUCGAAGGGACAUCUUCAAGUACAACCUGGAGCUUAUUGGAAUAUUGUUGGAGGCGUGGAAAACCACCAUGUCCAUCUCUAGGUCUUUCCUCAUGAGUGUGUUAACAUCCUCAAAAAGCGAGGAAACAGAUAAAGAAAUUCAAUUCCUAUCUCUGCUCUUACACAAUAAUUUGUUCAUUUUUGAAGCAGAUAUUAUUUCAGACUUUCUAACAUUUGUUGGUAAACGAUUGAAUUCUUCUAAGAAAGCAAUUUAUAUGCCCUGUUCGGAAAUGUUGGGGAUAUUCCUCAGACUAUGGAAAGAGAAAAAUGUCUUUGGAAAUUAUGAAGAUUUAGGGAUCGAAUCGAUAAUGAGUAGAAUUUGGGAAACCGAUAAAGACAAGGGCGGAUUUAUUCUUGAAGGAAUAUCAAUUCAUAAUCCCGAAUUUCUUCAGGAGAAACAUAUCAUAAGAUUGAUGAGCAGAUUUGCCUCCGUUAUACCUAAUUCUCAAUAUAUCUUUUUGAAAGUGAUGCUACGGGCAACAUCGGUACUUGAAUCUGUAAACGAAUUCAAGACGGAGAAAUGGGAAGAAUAUAUAAACAGCGAAUCUUCCGACGUUCAAAUUGGUACCUUGAGUUUGAUCCAAAAGACCAUAAGCAUAUUAGAGAAUGAACCUUCUUUCCGUACUAUCAUUGCAGCAGUUUGCGAGAAGGCAAACAGUCCAAAUGAAUUGUGCAAAAAACUAGCAUAUGAAAUUGUGAUUGAUAUUUGCUCUGAUCAUUUGAAAAAUCCCUCCAAGUUUUCCAACGUGAUGGAUAUCUGUAAGGAUGUCCUAAUGGAUGGUUUAGCAGAGGAAAAUCAAGAACUGUUGCAAACCAUCAGAAACUUUUGGAUAAAUUCUAAUAUUUUGUCGAAUAACUUAAGUGAAAGAUUCAUACAAUGCUUUUCCUCAAUUUAUAAACCUAAGAACGAGGAUAAAGUUUUAGGAACUGGAAUGAAUUUUCUGUUGAGUUCGCUGAAACUCGAUCAAGAUUUUAAUAAAUUAUUAUUCGAUCAUCCCCUCGAGGAUUGCGAUUUUGAGGAUUACGAAUUGAGCGUCAAUCACCUCACUCAACAUCCUUACGAAGUGCCCAUGUUUGCAGAAACGUUCCUCGAUAGUCCAAUCGUUAAAACUGAAAACCAGUUCAAGUUUGGAGAAAUGCGAGCCACACAAGAGGAUUUCACCUUUUCUUUGACCAUUCCUUCCAAGCAGGAUCAAGUUAUUUCGCAGUUUUUGUCCUCUCAGAGUAGUCUUUUUCUGGAAACGCAAACCUUCCCUGGUAAUAUGGAUAAUUUCAAGGAUCCAAAUAAACAUUUGAAACAUAAGAUAUUGAAGAGACGAUUUCUAAAAAGCAAAGCGAAAAUAUCUGAUUAUUUUGCCAACAGUGAAGUAAAGUCGAAAGUUCAAAAGGUCCAGAACAGAGCUAAAAAGGCGAAAGAGAGAGAUAGACAGGUAUGCAUCACACGCAAGUAUAGAAAAGGGGACUUUCCAGACAUACAAAUACCACUUUCCUCAAUUAUCGAACCCCUUCAAAAAUUGGCAACGGAGAAUUCUGAUAUCGCCAAAUUAUUAUAUUUCAACUUAUUUGAAAACCUCAAAGAGAAGAUGAGCAGUGUAAACUGGUUGGAUUUAACUGAAAUAAUUGCAACCAUAUUUAAAACUUCUUCAGAAUUCAACUCGAACCUGUUGCGAACAUUGAUGGAUUUUAUAAUAGCCUCGAAAUCGAAAAUAAAACUGGAUCCUUAUUUAAUUGUAGAGUGUUGUUUGUCUAGUUCGUUAGUUUCAACUGGCACUUUGAUAAUCGAGAAUUAUUUGAUGCAUAUGGAUGAAGCAGAGCCUCUGCCAAAAAAAGUCAAGGGUGUAAAUACUUCUGAUGAAUGUAUUCAUUGGAUAAAACUGGCUGAACUAUACAAAGAAUUGAAUGAGUGGGAUGUAGUAUGUUCCAUAUUCCAAAACAAAGUUCCGUGUGAUGAUAUCGUUAAAAAAGCCAUUUCUACUGACCACAAAAAAUUGUGGGCUCAAGCGAAAGAUUUAUAUCGCGAAGUUUUAGAGAAAGAUAUGAAUGAAAAUAAUAGAGACUUUUACUAUGAAGCGUAUUUUAGAUGUUUCGCUAAUAUGGGACAGUGGAAGAAAAUUUCAGACACUAUAAAAUUGACAGAAGGCCCUUCCUGUUGGGACAACAUGUGGGAAGAAGACUGGAAGCGAAAAAAAUUAUUACCUUGGUAUAUAACAGCGGAGGUGAACGAUAUGCUGUUUAAGGAGGAACUUAGUGUGGAUUUUCUGGGGACUAUCAAUAAGGCGCUUUGCGAAAACAGCAGAGCUGGUUAUCUAAAAUCUGCUUUUCCAGAGCAUAUAGCGAUGAUGUGGAUGCUGAACGAGGAUCUUGACGCCGCCGAAAUGUAUUUGAGGAGUUCCAUAGACUCUUUCUUGAGCCAGUGGCAGGUUUUAGAUCCCAUGUUUCGUAGCGUACGCUUCAAGAAAAUUCUAAAACUUCGUAGAUGUACAACAAUUUAUGAGUUCAUCGAUAUUUAUCGCAUGUUUGGUUCUAUAGAGAUUGAGAAAAUCUUUGGUUUUCUAGAAAUACUUUGGUCUAAUACACAUUACGCGCCUUCUUAUCCAACAAUGCUUCAAGAAAUCGAUAUUCUGUAUUACAAACAAUUUUUAAGCUUGAUCCAUUCUAAAAUAUCAUCACUCGAGGAUAUGGAAUCUAAUUCGUAUAUCGAAAGAAUAAAUGAUUGGAAACUGAAAUUAGAUCUGGGAUUGGUUGAUGCAGCUUUGGGAGAAAACAACUUUUAUUUGGCUAGGAAGUACCUGGAAUCACACAGAAACCACGAAGGAGUAGAUAUGUAUCUGGCCAAAAUGACGUUCAUAAAAUCUUGUUACACAAAAAAUCCGUCGGAUACUUUGGGAAUUAUUGUUAAAUCACUGGAUAUGUUAGAAGAUCUCUCGAACAAGGAAAAGAAUAAAGAAUCUCUUCUCAAAAUUCAUUUGACUGUCUUCGAAAUAUUAGGAGAACUCUCAAAAGUUCUCGAUAGCAGUGAAAAAAUUCCAGAUAACUUGAACGAAAAACUAGAACGAAUAAUAGGCCACCAUGUGCUGAAAUCGAAAGGAUUCCAAGAUUAUGGAGCAACUAGAAUAUAUCAAUUUCUAGAAGAAUACGAUUCAGAGGAAAUCAGUGUUACUACUAUGUCAGAUGCUUACCUCAAAGUCUCCUAUUAUAUGAUAGAAAAACAAAACAUCGAUGUAGACAUUCUGAACAAGAUGGUACUGCGCUCAAUGAAACUUGGGUUGGCUGAAGCUAGACAGUUAUUUCCCAUUCUUUUACAACAGGAAAAUCUGGGAACUUUGUAUAAAUCCGUGUUUGAACAUGAAAGUACAUCUGUGCCAACCUGGAUGUUCCUCAAUUGGAUUCCUCAGCUAUUGGCCAAUAUGAAUUCUGAAACUAUUUAUGCUAUAGAUUCAAUAAUAAUGAGAAUAGCAGAAAAUUAUCCCCAAGCUAUAAUGUAUCCUUAUAGGCUUAGUCGAGAGACUUUCAAUACCGAUAAUAUUUAUCUGUCUGGGAUUGUGGAAAGAAUGGAUAGUUUGUUGUUGAAUGAAGAUUUCGAUAGAUUUCUGAAAGCAGUUGGAAACGUAUGUUUACCUGAAAAAAAAUUAGUUCAUUACGUAGAUAAAAUAAGGAAAAAUAUAGGAAACUCAGAAGAACUAGAAAAUAUUCGAAAUUUCAUCCUAUCAGAAUUUUACGGAGAACAAAUUGAUUUUAAUAACCCCAAAUGCUUGUAUGGCAAUGUUUUCAAAAGAAUAAGGGACUUUAAAAAAUACUUUCAAGAGUUCAAAAGUGAUCGGGUGUUGAAUGACAUGGAAGAGCUAUCUAUUAAACUGAAAAACAUGGGAAAACCAAAAAGCCUAUUACUCAAAGACUGCAGUCCAUGGUUAGCCAAUUUUUCCUCAACAGAGGUGCAGAUGGAGUUUGAAAUUCCAGGACAAUAUAAUGGAAAAACAAUGCCCUUACCACAGUAUCACAUAAAAAUAUACAAGUUUCAUCCGGAAGUCUCUGUAAUGAAUUCCCUUAGGAAACCUAUCAAAUUCACAAUUUUGGGAAACAAUACAAAGGAAUAUUCAUAUUUGGUAAAAUUUGGAGAAGAUAUAAGGCAAGAUCAAAGAAUCGAACAGUUGUUCGAUCUUAUGAAUGAUAUAUUUCGAAAAAAUUAUUCUCAACAAUUUUCUCUGGAAACCUUUGAGGUCAUUCCAUUAACCACAAGUCUGGGUAUUAUAAGGUGGAUAGACAAAACCAUUAUGAUGGAAACUUUCAUGAAACGUGCAAGCAAUAAGGCAAAUUCCCUUGAUGCACCUACGAUUGAAUAUUCCAGAUUUAUUUUCUCAUCUAAAAAAGGUGUCAACAAUAAUAUGGAGGCAUAUGGUGAGAGCGCCAAAGUAUAUGACAGAAAUAAAGUAAUUUCGAAAUAUCAGAGAGCAGUGAACGAAAUCGAUAAGGAUAUUUUAAGGAAAGCCUUUUGGAACUUGAGCACCAGCACUGAAAGCUUCAUAGCUUUACGUCACAAUUUCAUGCGCAGCUACGCAGUCAUGUGUGUGGCACAUUGGAUUCUUGGGAUUGGAGAUCGCAAUCUGAGCAACACCCUCAUUAGUUUGGAAGACGGUCACGUGAUAGGCAUCGAUUUCGGUUAUGCUUUUGGCACGGCAACACAAAUGCUUCCAGUGCCAGAAUUGAUUCCCUUCAGAUUGACUCCUCAAAUUGUCAGUUUCAUGGAGCCUUUGGGAGUGAUGGGUCAUUUUAGGGAAUCCAUGAUAAACACGAUGAAAUGCCUCAAAGAGUACAAGAAGUUACUUGUAGCAACAAUGAGCGUGUUCAUAAAGGAGCCCUCUUUGGAUUGGUUAGAAAUACCAAAAUUGCAUCAAGAAAGUGAUAUCACCAACUCAGAUUGGUUUCCAUAUCGCAAAAUAAAUCAAGUAAAACGAAAAUUGGACGGCAUAAAUUCCACAGAGAUCGUGAUAGAAGACCUGAAAGAUGGACAAGUGAAAGAAUAUGCGAAUAUUUACUGCAAAUUGGUCAGCGGCAUGCCUGAAUAUGAUUAUAGAGCUCAGAUAGCUAGGAGUGGUUUGUCUGUCGAACAACAAGUUGACUGUCUAAUUGAUCAAGCAAGGGACUAUAAUUUACUUGGAAGGGCAUACGUAGGUUUGAGACCAUGGGUAUAAUUUUUUUUUUUUUAGAUAUAUUUCACCUUGUAAUUUGAUAUUGCUGUUGUGGCAUAUAAAAACGCAAAAUUGCAAGAUCUCUUGUAUAUUUCUGGAUAUAAACAAUUUUUUACACUUUUAUAAAAUAUUUACAAUUCAAUACAAUAAUAAAAAGAUUAUCAGAUCAGUCAAAUAAAUUAAAUCAAUAAAAAGUAACUACAUAACGAUUUCCAAACUAAAAAUAGUUUGUUAUAUUUAAAGAGACUGGUUUAACAAUGAUUAUUGUUUGAUGAUUUUUAUUUAACCUUAAUUAUGAUUUAUAAAGUCUUGCUAAAAAUAAAACCAAAUUUCGGUUUCACUGAUCUUGGUCUUUUUUCAUUAAGCAUUUGAUAUCUGAAUUGAAAAUUGUUGAUCGUUUCAAGAUUGGAAUAUAGUAAAUGCAAACUCUAUAUUAAGAACAACAUUUUCAAUUCAACAUCUGAAAACAAUAAUAAUGUGAUGAGCAUUCUUAUUUAUCACAAUUGGGCCUAUCACAAGAAAAUUGCCAAUAUGUAAAAUAUUUAAUAACAAAAAAAAAAUAUUUGGAAAUAAAAAACAUAUUUGCAAAAUUCCUCAAAAAAUAUACUAAUACGACCAGCAUCAGUUUUAUGAGCUCAAAUGUUAAUGAAGAGAGCUUUCAUUCCUAUUUUAAUAUAGAAACAUUUCCAUGAUUUUGAGUUCAAAGCAAUGAAUACUGAAUUAUUUUCUAAACUAAAGGAUCUACAUAUAUAUAAUUGCUUUUGAAAACGAAACAAAUAGUAUUGAAUUUUUAUCACAGGCAUAUACAAUUUAGCUGAAUAACUCAUGACUCGUUGCACCAAUAUAUCAACAAGAAAUGUAGACUCAGCAUAUAU